GCAGUCGAAGGAACUGUCAGCACACGAAAAUAAUGGCGCAAGGUAGCAGUUCGGUUGAAGAGCCCGAUAGUCUUGGUCUUCAUGCAGUUGUUCCACUCCCAACUUGUCCUCAUCUUACACAGACUAACGACUUGCCUGAAUCUGGAAUUGAUGCGAACUCAGUCUGUGAAACAUGUCAAAGCCCAUCCGAGGUCUGGGUAUGUCUGACAUGCUACAAGGCACAUUGUGGACGAUAUGUGCACGGACAUGCACUCAUACACCAUCUUGCUGAACAGUCACAUGCCAUGGCCCUUUCGCUUAGCGACCUCACCGUUUGGUGCUACCCUUGUGAAGCCUAUGUGCAUAAUGAGAGACUCAUUCCAGCCAAAUCCUCUGCUCAUAUGAGCAAAUUUGGCGAAGCCAUGCCUCACUAGGAUCAUCUUCAUUGCUGUAAAUUUCAUCUGCUUGUACGAUGUAUUUAUAUUUGACUUGACAUUCGUAACUGUCACUUAUCAAUCGCCUUCUCAAUCAAAUAAAU